AUGACUGUGUGUGUUGCAGAGUUUAAGGAGUGUUUCUCUCUGUAUGACCGCCAGCGGAAAGGGAAGAUUGAAGCCCGGGAGCUGAUCACAGUGAUGCGAUGUCUCGGGUCAAACCCCACUCCCUCCGAAGUCCAUCGACACCUGAUGAGCCACACCAUAGAUUGGGGCGGAGAGCUGGAUUUCUCCAUCUUCCUGAGCAUCAUGCACCGGCAGCUCCAGCAGGAGGCGCCCGAGGAGGAGAUCCUGGAGGCCAUGAGGAUGGCUGACAAGGAGCAGAAAGGCUUCAUCCUCGCCUCCGAGCUGAGAGCCAAACUCACCGGGCUGGGAGAGAAGCUGACUGAUCAAGAGGUGGACGAGCUGCUGAAGGAGGCGGGAGUUGGACCUGAUGGGCGGGUCCACUGUGAGCAGUUUGCCAAAGCGGUGUCUUGCUCCUCUGCGAAGCGCUGACGUCACAAACAUCAUCAUCACUGAGCUGCUACUCAACACUUUAGAUUUUAUGACAUGAAGUGACAGAAGUCAGUUACUGUAAGUUUAGUUUAAUAAUGUUUGUACCUCAGACACUGCUCCCCCAUGAUGUAUACCUGGAAGCUAGAAACUUUUUUGGGCAUAUGCACCAGGCAAGCAGCUCCACUGGCAUGAAUAGGCUCCAUGUUGUCAUCUGGUACCUUGGUACUAUUGUGGUUGUGCUGAGGUGUGAGAACGACUUCCCAAGCACAUAAUAAAAAGAAUUUUCACUUGUGGAAACAAAUCUCACCAGAGCCUUCACAACGGAAAUGCCUCCAUAACAUAAUUAAAGAAAUGUCUCUUUGGUAAUGAAGAAAUACCUCAUCAUUAAGAAGAAAGUGUUUGCAAUAAUAAACAAAGGUGUUUAUAUAUGGAGGUGAGGGUUAUAUUGGGUCUCAGCGAAAUAAACCAAUAAACAAAAUGAUUAUAUAUAA